AAUGACCUCUGUUGGAUAAUCCAGAUUUAGCUGAUCGCCGUGUUUUGGAACAUGCUGGUUUUGAAGUGGUCCGAGCUGGUCGUUAGCUAGUCAACCAUCUUGGAACAGCUGCGACUAGGAAAAUCUGUGACUAAAAGUCACAGUUCAUUAAGCCCUGGUUUCACACACAGAGCUUAGAUUAAACAAGGAUUAGGCCUUAGUUCAACUAGGACAUUUAAGUAUCUUUUUAUAAAUGUGCCUUAGAAGAAAAAAAAACAUUACUGCAUCUUGAGGCAAAACAAUGGCGCUGACAUAUUUUAAGAUAUGUGUCUUUCAGUUGAAACAGAGCAAACAUGCAUUUUAGUCUGGGAAUAGUCUUAAGUUUUGACUGUGAAACCGGAGGUAAAUGUUCGAUCAGUGUGUUAUUCGUUUUUGGCCAUGUUUAGAUGGAAGAUCAUCAGGAAAGUGACAUUGAUAGCCCUCCUCAAUUUACAACUUACAUUGCCAGGAAAUGUAUAUAUGAGCUUUAGUAAUAUUUAAACAGCUCCGUCAUAAUGUCAUAAUAUCAUACUACUAAAAUUUACUGAAAUAAAAUACACUUAUUUUACUUCACAAAAAGCUGCGACACUCUAUAAUGUGGUCAAGCUGGUUUUUGGAACAUGACAACACAGACACCAUCUUAAACUGGAUUUUCCAGCAUUCAUUCACCAUUUCACUAGUUGAUGCUGCUUAAAACACAUCAUGAGGUCAUGCUGAUGUUCUAAUGUUCUAAUGCAGCUGAUUGACUGAUCAGCCUCUUGUGACUGACAGCCGUUCGAUCCGGCGCGCGCAUGUCAUGUGAUUCUCCGGAAAACAGCAGCGGAUCACUGACUGGCUAGACUCGUACUGCUUCGGUGAAGAAGUUUCCUCCGUUUUCAGCCAACAAACCAAACUGAAUAAGGUAUUAGAAUUCUGUCGUGAAAGAACGGUGGGGAAAAAAUGGACUUGGCACAUCAUGGUCUUGUGCUUCUGAAGCGUCUGAAUGCUCAGAGAGAGUUUGGUUUCCUCUGUGACUGUACUGUGGCCAUUGGGGAUGUUCUUUUCAAAGCCCAUAAGGCCGUUCUUGCUGCUUUCUCAAACUACUUCCGUAUGCUGUUUAUCCAUCAAGACAGUGACUGUGUUCGACUGAAGCCUUCAGACAUACAAGCAGAUAUCUUCAGCUAUCUGCUUAACUUAAUGUACACUGGAAAAUUCACCACGCAGCCCAUUGACCCUCUUCGCCUUGAGCAGGGUGUAAAAUUCCUGCAUGCUUACCCCUUAUUACAGGAGGCAAGUCUUCUUAUGAACCCAGAGUCCCAGUAUGUACCUUUGACAAACUCACUUUAUGGUAUACAGAUACCUGAUCAGACAUGCAGCCGGCCCAAAAUUAAUUCAAUGUGCAAGGGUGAUGUUUAUGCUAAAAACUGUGAAAUCGUUGGCCAAGAAUUUUCAGAAAUUUCUGAUAUGGAUUAUAGAUCUCCCCAACCUGUCGGCAUAGAGACACUCACCCAGAACCCUGCAGCCACGGUUGUCCAACACCUCACAUAUGGCAUAAUGAGUAGAAGUGCUUCCUCCAGAAAGCAUUACGGCUGCAAUUAUUGUGGAAUCCGUUUUAACCAGAAGUGCAAGUUGAAGGAGCAUCUACUUGUCCACACCAAUCAAGCAACUGAGCCACAGGUUUCGUCUAUGCAAAAUGGUCACACUAUUGAGCUUGAAGCUCAGGAAAUAGAGGAGGACCCUUUGCAUGCUGACAGUGAUGUUAUUAGUGAUACCGAUCAACAGGUGUGGAUGGAAGACACCCCACCUCCCUCUGAAAUUGCUGAUUUAGACAACCUGGAGGGUACCGAGAUGGGUCGUGAAAUGAAACGCCGAAAAUUUGAGUGUCCCACCUGUGCUCGCAAGUUUAUUCAGAAAAGCCACUGGCGUGAGCACAUGUACAUUCACACAGGAAAACCGUAUAAGUGCAGUGCUUGCGGAAAGAACUUCUGCAGAGCAAACCAAGCUGCUCGACAUGUUUGUAUAAGUCAGGAUGCAGACUCAUACAUUAUGGUCAACAAACAGAGUUUGGUUCUGUGUGGUGGUGAAGACAACAGUCAGGUGGAAGCUCUCUUCCAGUCUUCGGAAAGACCCUAUAAAUGUAGCAUGUGUGCAGCUCCUUUUGCAAGUCCUUCAGAGGUUCCCAAACAUCAGUGUUUGACUGACAGUGAAGCUGUACCAUUGGCAGAAAAUGCACUGGGGGAAAAUCAAAAUAAGGACUUGGCAACAACUACUCCUGAAGUUACCAGUCCUUCUUAAAAUGUCAUGCUAAAGCAGUAUUAGUCUGUUUCAGUGCCAAUAUUUAACUUUUUUUGUGUGUUUGUGUUAUAAACAGAGAGAAUUGCACAUUUCUUUCUGCAUUUUUCUUUCAGGAUUUUUUUUCCAUAUGUGUGUUACUAAAAGGUCAUUUGUGAAUUUGUUUGAAACUAAUAAAAUGCCAAAACUAUA